UAUGCAACAAACUCCAAGAGCUAUUUAAUUGAUUGCCAUCGAUACUUAAACAAAAAGUAUUAAACUAAAUGAAUUUAUUAGAAUUAGUCCUUUGUUAGGAAGCUAUUCAGAUAAUAAAAUCAUUUAAUGAUAAAUGCAAGAAUUUUGCUGUUAUUGUCGUUGUUGGUAAAUACCGAACUGGAAAGAGUUAUUUAAUUAAUUAAUUAUUACUCUAAUAGAGUAAAGGGUUUGAAGUAGGUUCUACUAUCAAUGCUUGUACUAAAGUAAUGCAUUUUUUAAUAUAUUAUUAAAGGGUUUAUGGAUGUGGUCAGAAUUGAUUUAUUUUGAGUCAGGUAGAAAUAAAGAACCAAUUCCAGCAAUUUUAAUUGAUACUGAAGGAAUUGGGUCAGUUGAAGAAGAUAUGAAUCAUGAUGUCAAAGUAUUCCUUUUAGCAAUGCUAAUGAGCAGCUAUUUUAUUUAUAAUAGUGUUGGAACGAUAGAUGAUAUGGCAUUGUAGAAUUUGGGUUUAAUUGUAAAUUUAACUUAUAAUAUAUAGGUUAAUUUAACAAAAAUGUUAUAGAAGGCAGAUUAAAAUACAUAGAAGGAUUUAUUUGAGACAUUUCCUUCUUUUUUAUGGAUUUUGAGAGAUUUUACACUUAGACUUGAGGAUGAAUAUGGGAAUAAGAUACUUCCAAAGGAUUAUUUAGAAGCAGCUCUUAAGCCUUUAAAAGGAAUAAGUGAAACUAUAGAGAAUAAAAAUAAAAUUAGGAGACAUAUAUCUUAAUUCUUUUCUGAAAGGGAUUGCAUUACUCUUGUAAGACCUACAGAAGAUGAAAAAGCUCUUUAAUAAUUAGGUAGUGUAAAAUUUGAAGAAUUAAGAGAGGAAUUUUAAGAAUAGGUGCUUGCUUUGAGAAAGAAAUUAUCAUUUAAAGUUUAGUUCAAAUAAUAUAAAGGUAAAGCCAUUACACCAUUUACAUUUAUUGAAAUGUCAAAGUAAUAAUAAUAAGUUAAUUUUUUAGAUAUUUUGUUGAUGCAAUAAAUUAAGGUACUUUACCUGAGAUUGCAACAUAAUGGCAAAUGAUUCAAGAAUAAGAAUUUGAAUAUCAUAUUAAUACUUAAAUUGAUUAUUACAAAUAAGCAAUAGAAGAGUUUUUUUAAGAACAAGAUUUGGGAGAUUUGAUUGAAUUAAAUUAGAUAGUAAAUAUAUUAGUUUUAUUUUUAGUUAUUAAAGAAAAUAAAAAAUUACUUAGAAGCCAAUAGUGAAAAAGAAAUUUUUAUAAAGAAAUGGAAGAGUGUAAAGAAAGAUUUAGAAAGAUUAUUUAAUGAUUCAUAACGAAGAUAUUAAGAUCUAUAAUUAAUAUAAUUAGAUACAAUAAAAAACAAUUUUAUAGAUGAAAUUCAUCAUUAUGAUAAAGAGGAUUUUUGGGGUAUUGUUGAUAUAGCAAAUAAUGCAGUUUCAGAAUAUUUAUCUAAAAAUAUCAAUACUAAUGAACUUUAAACAUAUAUUACAUAAAUUUGGGAAAGUACAGUGUAAAGAAUAUAGCAUGAAUUUCAUAUUAUUAAAAAUCUAUCAAAUUUGCAUAUUCAAAUUUAAUCAAAAUAAGAACUUGAAAUUAGAAGAUUAUAAACAGAUUUGUAGAGUUAUUAAGAAUUUCAAUUAGAGGAUAAUAGAUAAAAGGAUAAACUUAUUGAAAAGUUAAAACUUGAAAAUGAAUAAAUAAAGAAAAGAAAUUCUGUCUCAGAUACUCUUAUUUCUGAUUUAAAAUUAUAAUUAGAAUAGUUACAAUAAGAUCAUAAUUAAUAAUUAAAAUCAAUAGAUAAUCAAAAUAAAUAAGAAUUAAAUAAAUUAAGAUCCAUAAUAUCUAAAUUUGAAUAAAGAGUUAUAGAUUCAAAUGUUAAUAUUGAUAAAUUUUUAAAUUUAUAUUAACAAUAAGAAAAAGAACACUAAUAAGAAUUAAAUGAAUUCAAAAUAGAAAUAUUAAAAUUAAACUCUUAGAUUUCAGAUUAUUAAAUAUAAAUUAAAGAAAAUAGAAAUGAUAUUGAAAGUGAUAAAAAGAAUGAAAAUUAUUAUUCAGCCAGAAAAUAAUAAAAACAUAAUACUAAUGAUUGUGCAUUCAUAAAUAAUAUGUAAAAAUAAAGUGAAAAUACAUUAUAAGAAUGGAAAUAUUAGAAAGAAUAUAUAAGAAAACAAUUACAAGAAGCUUAUUAUAAAAUAUAAGAGGAAAAAAAAUAAAAUGAUGCACUCAUUAAUAGUUUAAAGUAAUAUUGA